UUACCCAAGACACAAUAAGCAAUUCAGGUCACGCUUUCCGAGAUGCUCCACAUAAUUCACUCUUCUUAAACCCUUAUGUUUAUUUUGGGUCACCAUUUACCGCCUAAUAUUUCAAUAUAGUGCACCUUGACAGACUUAUUCAACGCGGCGGACCUCACUUCCGGUAACGUGAUUGGGUUCAGUAUUCAUUUGUGUUGGAGUGACAAAUUUAUCGAUGGUGUGAAUUCCGUUGUAUGAAGGAUUACUCUGCAAACCGCUGAAAUUUGGAGGAUUAAGAACAAACUCCUGAAGGCCCGGAGUCGUCGCUCCAAGAUGGCCACAGUGGGAGAACAAGUGCCUAUCUCUAACCACACCAUUGACAAGGUGACAAAAGCCAAGGUUACCUUGGAGAACUACUACUCAAAUCUCAUUUCUCAGCAUGAGGAACGGGAAACAAGGUACCGGCUUUUGGAACAAUCAAUGGAAGAGGAAGGACUUUCAGACGAACAGAAAUCGGAGCGACGACAACAACAUGCCACCAAAGAAACCGAGUUUCUUCGACUCAAGCGAUCUCGCCUUGGUGUGGAUGACUUUGAACCCCUCAAGGUCAUCGGCAGAGGCGCUUUUGGCGAGGUACGCUUGGUACAGAAGAAGGACACUGGUCAUGUCUAUGCAAUGAAGAUUCUUCGCAAGAUAGAUAUGCUGGAAAAAGACCAGGUGGCACAUGUCCGGGCUGAACGGGACAUUCUCGUGGAGGCAGAUCACCAGUGGGUGGUGAAGAUGUACUACUCCUUUCAGGACGGCCUGAAUCUCUAUCUCAUCAUGGAGUUUCUUCCUGGAGGUGACAUGAUGACACUGUUGAUGAAGAGGGACACGCUGACAGAGGAGCAGGCCCAGUUCUACGUCGCAGAAUCUGUGCUGGCUAUAGAUUCUAUACACAAGCUCGGCUUUAUACACCGAGAUAUUAAACCAGAUAAUCUUUUAAUGGAUGCUAAGGGACAUAUCAAACUUUCAGACUUUGGACUGUGUACAGGAUUGAAGAAGUCGCACCGAACAGACUUUUACAAGGAUCUCUCACAAGCCAAAGCAGGGGACUUUAAUGGGAAUCCUAUGGAUUCAAAAAGAAGAGCAGAAAGCUGGAAGAGAAAUCGAAGGGCAUUGGCCUACUCCACAGUAGGAACGCCUGACUACAUCGCGCCUGAAGUAUUUAUGCAGAAUGGCUACAUGAGCACCUGUGAUUGGUGGUCUCUGGGGGUCAUCAUGUACGAGAUGCUUAUAGGUUACCCACCAUUUUGUUCGGAGAACCCCCAGGAGACGUACAGGAAGGUGAUGAACUGGCGAGAAACUCUCAUCUUCCCGCCAGAAGUGCCUAUCUCUGAGGAAGCCAGGGAUCUCAUUCAAAGGUACUGUUGUGAUGGAGAGCAUCGGAUCGGUGCCCACGGUAUCGAGGAGAUCAAAACUCACCCAUUCUUCAAGAUGGUAGACUGGGAACAUAUCAGGGAGCGUCCGGCAGCCAUUCCAAUAGAAGUGAAGGGGAUCGAUGAUACGUCCAAUUUUGAUGAUUUCCCUGAAAUAGACCUCAAAUGGCCAACAUCUCCGCAGCAGCAACAAGAAGCCACAAACAUGACUGCCGAGGGCAGUGAGAAGGAUCCUAAAUACAAGGACUGGGUGUUCAUCAACUACACAUUCAAGAGGUUCGAGGGGCUGACACAGCGAGGAGCUCGACCACCCCUCUCCAAAAGUUAGAAGUGUGGUGGCCAGAAGCGGCCAUGUUGCGCAGGGAGUGAAGAUGGAGACAGUUUGUGUGAUAUGUUGCAGCCCCCUGUGGCCUGACCUGCCUGUCUGUCAGGGGACUCUCUACCUACCCCCCUGUUUGUAUCCUGUGUAUAUGGUGUUGUAUCCAGUAGUGCUGGAAGAGCGAUGUGAUUUUGCAAAAACUUUCUGGUUUCUUUUCGAUGGUCCAGUAUGAAAGACAUUUGAACAUUUUGACCCAAGCUUGUUUCAGUGUGAUCCGUGUUCUUUAAAAGUUUGUGAAUUACGACUGACUGAAAAAAACAUGGGGAGAAUAUUACCAACUGAAAUUUUCGGUUAUGAAACCUGAACAGGAUACGAGUGUCCAGGUUUUCUGGCUCUAAUCUUUCAGCCUCUUAGAAGACGAGCAGACAAGGUCAAGGUGAGGUCAGGCAGGUCAAGGUCAGAGUUCUCAUCAAGGUGAUUCCAUUUGAUCACAAAUGGGAUUCCCGUGAGUCAGCCUGUGAGUGGUGUCUGUGUUUGGUUUGAUCUUUGACUCUUGGACAGUUUGUUUGAAUGAUACCAGUCAUCUUAACUGCGAUAUAUUCAGGUAUUUGCAUGGUAACCAUUAAUGUCCACUGGUGUCGUAUUUAUAGCUAGCCCAUUGUGCAAAAACAACAUUUCCUUUUAUUUAUUUAUUGCAGUUUCGUUUCCAUUUCGUCCAAGAGAAUAUUUGAAGUUUUAAAAAAAUGAGAAAAAAAUACCUGAACUGUUUGUUCUGAUAUAUUAUGCUAUGAAAUUUGUGAUUCCUCCGCUUCUAGAACACAAGGCUUAAAUGGGGUGAAUAUGUCCAUAUUAUUUUGACUUAUUUAAUGUACGACAAAGAGAAAGCCAUGCUUGCUUCUCGUGUGUAACAACAUUCCAACUCUGUGUAUAUAAUCCAUGUGAUUCAGAACAUUGUGAGGAAAGUGUAGUUAGUACGAGGGUUAUAAUGUCCGGGUUAGUCUUUCGUAGAUCUAGUGUUGACCUUUAACAAGCUGCUUGUUAUAUGUAUGUUCUCACACAGGGAUGAGAGAGAGAUGUGUGCUGCUGGUAUUCUGGGCAAUGUGGAUGCUGCACAUCCCAUGGUUGAAACCAAUCUUCAGUCCAGGAAUAUGAGAGAGAGCUGGCCAGUUGUCAAAUUGGGAAAUAUUUGGGGCCAUUUUUUGUCAUCGUCUACUUGUAAACAUCUUUAAGAAAACCCAUACUAUACUUAACAUAAUUGCAAACAGGUUGAAUCAGAAGAAUAUAGAUUUCUGUCCUGCUACAGUACAUGGGUAUGUUCAGGAUUUGGUUCCAUUCCUCUCAGUUGAUCUACAUGUAAAAGGGGUGGUCGGGUAGCCUUGUGGUUAAAGAGUUCGCUCGUCACGACGAAGACCCGGGUACAAUGUGUGAAGCCCAUUUCUAGUGUCCCCGCCGUGAUAUUGCUGGAAUAUUGCUAAAAGUGGCGUAAAACCAAACUCACUCACUCACAACAUCUAGAAAUGGUCCCAGUUUGGUCUAAGACCCAUAUUUCCAGGACAUACCAUACCUCGGCCCGGGCCAUAAUACUGGACGUGAGCGGGGAAGUGUAUCAGUGUCGCGGUGUCAACCCAUCAACCACAUGCUGUAGUAUCCAUUCUUGCCUCAGAUGCCAGUGAUGAGUUUUAAGUGUUGCUUACUCGAGAAGUUAUACAUUUAAUGCUGUUAAGUUAUGAGCCAGAAGUGCUGACUGCAGUCCGGAGCCCAGGUUAUGCCACUGUAGUCAUACGUAGUCAUGUCGACCCACAUAGAUGUCUUCUAGCUCAUACUGAUCAUGUCAACAUUCAUAACACAGGAAUCGGUCCUGGAUUUUGCUGCUCCAUUUGGUAAUCAUGUGACUAAAGACACGCGAAAGGACAAAAUGGCUGUCAAACUGAGUUGUGGGAGGUCUCAUGGACCGGUGUAAGGACUGUUGACUAAUGAUUUCCCUCAUAUAGGUCUCGGUGUUUGGUGUCUUAAAUCGCUGAUGUUGUAAACGGGGAGACAACCUAGGCAGAUCAAUGAACAUGCCGUUGGUGGACCUCUUCCUGUCAUAGUAUAUGCCUUUGUGGUGCUGAGGACAUCUAGAUAAUUUUAUCUGUUUUAAUCGUUGGUUGUCAUUUCGCAAAAUGUUGAUACAGUAUGUAAUAUUAAUCUGCAGUUGUAGAAACUAACUGCUUUGUUCAAAAGUUGUCUGCUGAAAGAUGAAGAGGAAAGAUGCGAAUUUUUCCUAUUUAGUGGCUACUGUGUAUAUCCAGCGUCUCUGUGUCGUUGCAUCUCCAUGGCGACUUAAUAGAGUGUCACUUCCUUCCUUGUCAGGUGUAGUGUGAGCUAGAAGCCCCUGAUCUCAUGACCAUUGUCGACACCUGUACAUAGCUUAUUGCCGUAGGCCCCUCUAGAUGUGCCCUGGGGGGACCCAGGUAGCCAGCUGUUCAGCACGCAAAUGCACUGCUAACUAUAACGUCAGGAAGUCUUUUAAAGGCAUUUAGAAGUGAUACACAUAAGGAAGAGAAUUUAAGGAUGUCAACUUCUUUAUUAUGAGAACGCAAUGUUUUGGAGUAUAUACUUACUCCUUUUUUGAAUGAAAGACAUGAAUGAGUAAGUAUAUCCUCAAAAACGUUGUGUUCCUCAUAAGAAAGAAGUUAACAUCCAUAAAUUCUCUUCCUUAUUUUGUCAUGGGCACAGAGAGGUAUGUGCAAGGCUGUAGGUAAUUUUUUGUAGUAGCCUUUGAGGUGUUUUGCAGUGUCAAAAUUUAAUCAUUAGGCAGUAAUUUUUAUCCAGUGAAUUUUGCAAAAAUUGAUUAAAAUUGCUAUUUUUGUGACUGUUAAACUGUCAAAACUGUCAUGAAAGGAUUUUUGGUGAACUCUCCUGAAGACAGAUCAGCAGAACAGAUUUUCACGUUAUGACCGAUUUUCAUCAUCUUUUGAAACUUACUGCCGUCAAGUAUUGUUUGCUAUGUGUUUCAGCUGGCUAGUGACAUGUCUUGCCCCUUGGCAAUAUUGUUACCAUUUCCUACCUAAAACGUGUUCAGGACUGAUUUGUGGGCAUCAGCUUGGUGUGUUGUCUAUAUUCUGUAUGUGUAUGUGUUGAUGGCGGCGGCGGCGGCGGCGGCGGCAUCGAGGGGAGGACUGUCCGCUCCAGCGAGGAGCUCUGCCUUGUCAUGCUAGUGAGGCCUGGUUCUCCCUCUGUAGACCGGGAACUCAUGACAUCCUGCAUACUUGGUUAAUGUCAUCCUGUUAAAUAAUGUCAUCCUUGUUACUAUGGAUAUUCACAUGUUUUGGGAUGUGCUUGUUGUGGAUGCUGAUGUUGUAAAGCAGUGUUUGAGUGAUGGAACGGACAGAAAAUAUUCAGAUUUCUUCAGGUACCAACACAGAUCAAGUUUGCUUUAAUCCAUUUUUGUAAGUGUGAAUGAUAUUCAAAUAUGUUUCCGACAAUUCCAGAGAAACAGUUAGUUAUUCCCUUUCGGGCAUGGUUUUCAAUUAAAUCUAGAAAUCCAUGAAUGUGAAGAGAUUUGAAAAAUGGAAUUCUCUGGAUUGAAAGUCGCCGUAAAUUAUCAGGUGAUUGUUGCUUUAGGACAUUCUGCCAAAAAAAUCAUCUUUUAGUAUAAAAUAUACCAUGACAAUUCAAUGCUUUUUGCAAUCUUAUGAAAUGUUUUAGACUGGUGUUUUCUGAAAUAAUGCAGUUUUCCCCGAGAUGGUGGUAUGGCUGCACAUCACGAGUUGUUGUCACUGAAUGAUUGUGGUUCACUAUUGUGUAGACUGUAUAUUAUUCUACUGAUAUGUACAUAGUGUGUCUAAGUAAGUGCUAAUCCAAUGUGAUCAAUACUUGUAAUAGUCUGGAAUGAUUUCAGUUACGUCUGUCCAAUCCUUGAGUAGAUAUAUAAGUCUGUAUAUCAAUUAUUCAAAUGAAGAGAUCCAUGAUCAUACCAUGUAUGUUAGCUGAUUGUCUUCUUCAGCAGCUUGGUUGACACUUACGAGGAAUUUUAGCGAUUUUAUCAAAUUUAGAUUUCGCCCAUUUACCAUUUUAGUAGGGGUGUCAUGAUAAUACGCCUACCUCAUAUUCCGAUUCAUUUCAUGAUAAUUGCAUCACAAUUCUUAAUUUUCGCUGUUUUUGCAUUAGGGACCAGUUCAAAAGUUCAUUGUAGGAUAAAACACGUUAUUCCUCAAGUUUUGAGACCUACCCUACAAAAAAGACCCCAUCCCCCCCAUCCCCCCACCACCACUGCUCCUGGUAAAAACAUGAUUGUGAAAUGGGAUUAGAGGUUUUGCUUGGUUUAGUUACAAUAUAAAAUAUUGAGAAAUCAGGAAAGUCGGAUAGAAAACUUGCAGGGCCAAUAAUCACCCACCCUGAAACUUAAAUUAAGAUUUUUAUCUGACAUUGAAAUUUUGAACUGGACCCGGAAGUCUCCAGUUUCCAUGCACCUCGGCUAACAAGAGGUUGCUGCUGUCGUCCAGUUUGUUGACUUGCGUGACUGGUACAUGAGGUUCCUGGCUGUAAUAUGUACUCACAUUCAGAAGGUGGUUUUGUGAGGCGGUCAGUUAAUGCUAACCCUUGUAGUUAUCAGACAGGGAUAUUGCAAAUAUGCGUUAAUUUUAUGUUUUGAAAAGGGAUACUGAUUUAUAAAAUGAAUCGAUACAUGGGUAGGCGUAUCAUAUAUUGUAUUGUCAGGUGUAUUGUGGGUGAGUUGUGGCACCCCUAUGUUCAGCGUGCUGUUGUACAGAGCGAUCUUAGCGCGAAGGUGAUCGUAACUCUCGUACCUUAACAUAGACUUACGACAGUCGUAGCACUAAGGUUGUUUUGUACAAUGGCACCAAGCUGAGGUGUUGGUAGUGAUCACUUACUCUUAUGAGUGUCAUGUUUUAUUUCAGGAAAUUUGUGACAUGAUUCUGUGUGUACUCAGAUGUUUAGAGAUAGGCUUGUGGCUGGGACUCCUUGUUGACUAAAGAUAUCCAUACAGGUCUCUUGCUUACCUGGAUUGUCUGGAUUCUGGUCAUCCAGUUCAAGACAGGUUCUGUUCUUCAUGGGACAAACAUUUGUAGAUAUCCAGACUACCAGCCCUUUCGAACAAGCCUACUAGAUAUGAGGGUUUUGGCUACUGAGUCGACUAUUCUCAAAUUCAUCAAAUUAAGAACGUCAUGUUAAAAUUUAAAGGAGUACUAAUGAUAAAAAAAAAAAUCAUGAAUGUUUUUCAAGUGGAAUAUACUUUCAAAUACUCUUUUUCAUAAUGUUGCACAGUUUUGGCACAAUAUUUUAAAAUACAUGACAAGCUUGUUAUUUGUUAAUGAUUCAUCGACGAUACCAUACGAUUAAAUUUUUGUCAACUUAAUCAACGUAUCCAACUUGGUUGAAGCUUGUUUUUGUUCCAAAAGUCAUUCUUUGUUUCCAAAUGUUUUUGCUUUCAUCUGAAAAAAAAUUCAGUCAUAUCAUAUUUUGUUUCAUUGAAUUCCCUUCCCUUCAUUUUUUUGUCAUAACAUAUUUUUUUAAUUUCAUUAUUCAUAAUUCUUGCACCUUUCCCUUAGAAUGAGAUUGAACGAAGAUGUUUUCUCAAUGAUCAUCAUUGCUUUUGUGUAUAGUUUUCAUUGUAUUUCACAAUUUCAACCUCUCAUCUUUGAAUUAUCUUAGCAAGCAGUUAGAAGUGGUUCUUGUUCAUAAAAUCCCUUCAUUUCAGUGGAAUUAUUUUAAAGAGUUUUUCAAUCUUCUAUUUUUGUCAGUAUGACGUUAGAGUACGUGGCUAGUGGUUUUAAGAUUGUAUGGGUUUAUGAUGUCGUGGUUCAAGACACUUUGCAAGUAGGUAACCGACUACUCUAGCUUCUGUAUUAGUGAAUGUUUCAGAAAGAAGUUGGCAUGCAUUUUCCUUAGUAUAACUGAAGAUCAGUGAAUGUUUCAGAAAGAAGUUGGCAUGCAUUUUCCUCAGUAUAACUGAAGAUCAGUGAAUGUUUUCAGUGCUUUUCACACCUUAUUCAAUGGUUUGUUUGUUUGGUUUUCGAGAUAUUUUUUUUCAAAUGGAAUAGUCUUGUUACAUGGUUCGCAUGGUGACCAGAAGGAAACUAGGUGGUUUUGUUGUUUUAUUAGGAUGACUUGAAAAGUCCAUAUAACUGUCAAGGAAUAUGAAAUACAGAUGUUCCUCCUUUUCCUACUUUACUGUUAUGCAUGCACUGAUUUGCAAAUCAUAACACUGAACGCGAUUAUCUUUUGCUGAGAAUAUGCCUUUGUCAAAAUAGACCUGAUACAUGCAAUGUCUUGAUCAGUGCCCAGUGUGGAGACACAAAAUGGAUUGUCCAGUCGUCUUGAGUGGCCUCGUCGGAGUUACUUUACAUACUCCUCUAAAUACAAAUCAGUGAUUACUAAAUUGUUUCAUCUUUUCAAGUUUUCUCACAGUGCAAUUUGAAUUUUAUGACUUUUUCCAGUGACAUUAUAAAAGAGUAAUAAUUUUAUAGUGGCAACAUUAGAACAUCGUUCUUUUCUUUUUCUUAAGAGGCUGUUUCCCGCAAAUAUUUUUUUCUAAUUAAGUGUAUUUUCUUAUAUCAUUGUCUACCUGAAAUUUAGAACCUACCACUGGGUCUAUCCUUACACU